CAAGUAGUUGGCGCUUCAGUCGGGAGCACUCACCGCCGGUUGACUCGUUCCUCUUCUUCUUUCACAUUAUUUUUGUUACCAAUAUAUUAAUUCCAAUUUUUUAUAAUUUAAAUUCCCAUGCUCCAUAUGAUUACUAUCACAAUGUUUUAACAUUAUUAAUACAACACGUAAAUUAUUAAGUGAUAUAUAUCAUUCAAACAAUUUUAUUGUCAAUUAAUUAAAGAGCACAUGACAAUUAUUACAUUUGUAUUGUCAAUGUUAUUUGAUAGUUAAAAAACGUGAGUGUGUAUUUGUGUAUAUAGAUAUAUAUGUGCAUGUGUAUUUUGUAUAUUUUAUAAUAUUUUUUUAUUCCUCGUUUUCGUGGAUAAAUGUUUUUUAUUUUCCUCUUCGAAAGGUUAGUUAAAAAUUAAUUUAAAAAAAAAACUAAUAAAAACAACGAUCGUGUGUGUAAUACCAGGCAUGGAGUGGACUCAGUGUGGUGCUCGUUUUAAAUUACAUCAAUUAUAUCAAUGUUGUCAUAAUUACUCCAAUAUUUUAUAGAUGAUACUAUCUAUGUUCAAAAAUAAUAAUGAUUAAUUUUAUUAAUUAAAAUUUAUGAAUAAUUUAAAUAAAAUGGAGUCAACUUUGAGAUUAACUAGAGAAAAAUUGCUGAAGGCAGUGGUGACAUUUAAAGUCCAUCCAGGACCGUAAAUAUACAAAUGAAAAAAAAAUUAAUAAUAUAAAUUGACGUAUUAAAAUGUCAAUAUUAUCAUAAAAUAAAUAAAACGUAAUUAGAAAUUAAAAAGACAGCAAAAUUAUACAAAAGAAAAAAAAAAAAAGACCAAGUGGGCGAAGGUAAUGGAUGAAUUACGUGGUUCGCCGGCUGGACGCCGACUAUCUCAAAUAUUAGAUCCAAUUGCGCGGCUUGCAUCAGAUUUUGGUUCAAGUUCAGCACCAUGUAGUCCACGUCUUGGACGUUAUGAAAAUAUUAAUGAAAAAAAUAUACAAUUAGGAACAGAAAGUCCAAGAUUACAUCCAAGACAAAAAAAUACACGUCAAGCACCAGUACCACCACCAAGACCAAAUCAUAAAAAUGAAUCACCAAUUCAUUUACGAUCAUUAACAUCAAAUUAUGUAAAUAUACCAUGUGAUAAUAAUUUACAUAUUGGAAAACAUGAUUGUAUUAAAAGUAAUAUUGGAUAUCAUGAAUUAAAAGAUGUUAGUGAUAAAAUUUGUUCACGUGAUCAAGUACCAUUUACAUUUAAUUCUGAAUCAAGUGGUAGAGUUGAAUAUACUGAUAAACAUUUAUAUUCAUCAAAAAAUGAUGAUUUUAUUACAUAUGGUAAUUUUGAUAAUGAUUUAUCAUCUGAAACAUCUUCACCAAUAUUUGAAAAUGCUGCAUCAAUUGUUGCAUCAAAUGUUGAUCGUAUACUUGCAUCAUUUAGUGAAAAACAACAACAACAAUCACAACAACAACAACAACAAUUUUGUAGGACGUCUAUUGAUCGUGAAAUGACAUUUGCUUCUUCUAUAUCUGGUGGUACAUCAAAUAGUGAUGAUCAAAGAGAGCGUUUUGAUCGGCCAACUGGUUAUUCAUCAUCAAAAAGCUUUGAUGCUGGUUAUUCAGCAACUGUUGAAGAACUCAAUUGGCAGGAAAGGUGUUUAGAACUUCAGCUUGAAUUGCAUCGAAGCAGAAGUCAAGCAACAAGAGUCAGGGACAUGUUAAGAGAAAAGCUGUCGGAACUUGAGCAGCGAGUUUUAGAUGCCGAAGGAAGAGCAGAUGAGGCAGAAGAUAAGGUUCGGAUGAUGGAGGAACGGUUAGUUAAGGGUGAAUACAACAGUCUGAGUACAUCUGGAGUUGAAUCACCAGCUCAUUCAUCAUUAGCAUCAACUUCUGGUACACAGAAUGAUAAAAUUGAAGAAGUACAUUGUGCUUGUAUAUCAAAAUUAGAAACACAAGUUGAAGAACAGAGACAAUUAAGACUACAAGACGCAAGACAAGUUGAAGCCAAAGCAGCGAGAAUAAAAGAGUGGGUGACAAAUAAAUUACGUGAACUUGAACAACAAAAUCAACAUUUACGUGAACAAAAUAAUAAGUGUAAUCAACAAUUGGAAUUAUUACGUAAUCAUAUUACCAAUAUUGGACUAAGACCACCAAUUAUACCAACAACAAGAGCAUCUUUGUCCCUUGAGGUUGAUACAACACUCCGUAGACGUUCAGAAAUUUUAGAAGCAACGCCACAAACAAUUCCAGAGAGCGUUCAUCAAACAACCACUGGGGAAUCAACACAAAUUGCAACACGUCACAGGAGACAUCUUUCUGCUUGUGGUACUAUUCAACAAGCCGUCACAACAACCAACAUGGAUUCGUCAAGUUUAUUAUCAGAGGAAUUGGCAGCAGCAGUGGAAAAUCUUGUAAUGUUACCAAGUCUACCAGGAGUAUCAGAAAAAAAUCGUGACAGUGAAAAUUCUGAAACACUACAUGAUUAUGCUGAAAUAUAUACACCAAGUAGAGAAGGAAUAAAUUGGACUGGUCAAACAAAUGAAACAACAACAGCUCCAAGACCACCAACACCACCAUUACAUAGAUUUCCAAGUUGGGAAGCAAAAAUAUAUCAAGUUGCUGAUGGAGGUUUAGGUAUUGGACCACCGACAAAUGAUGAUGCAUCAGUUGCACCAUCAUCAACAUCAAAUACAAAUUCAUCAAAACAUUCACAUGGUCAUAAUUUAACUGCUCAUAAUUCUCAAGGUUAUUGUGAUAUUUCGGUGCCAGUAUAUGCAACAGUUAAAGGUAGAGCAAGUCAAAUACGAUCUAUGCCAUUUGGUGAUAGUUCUGAUGACAGUUCUGAUGGUGAAGAACAUCCAAAUCAAACAGAAACAAAUACACGAAUAACAAACAGUUCAUCAGAUAAUACUGAUUCAUCAUUGGGAAGUGGUAGUAGUCCAUCAAAAAGUAUCAAAACAACAAGUAGUUUAAGUCCAGCAAAACGUAGUUCAAGUGGUUCUCCAAGUAAAAGUGUAAAACGUGAUACAUCAUUAGAAUCUGGUUUAUCAGAAGACUAUGCAAUUCCACCAGAUGCACUUAGUUCAACAUCACUUGAGACAAGUAUGCCAAGUUUAUUAAUGCGUGUAUCUGGUGAAAGUCCAAAACGACUUGAAUCAUUAGAAAAAGCUGGUCAUCUUGCAAAACUUGGUGGUAAAUUAAAAACAUGGAGAAAAAGAUGGUUUGUAUUAAAAAAUGGUGUAUUAACAUAUUGGAAAAAUCAAAAUGAUAUUAAUAGAAAACCACAAGGACAAAUAUUACUUGAUGAAGUAUGUCGUAUAAUACGUGCUGAUGGUGCAUCAACAUUUGAAAUAUCAACUGGUAAAAAAACAUAUUAUUUAACAGCUGAUUGUAUUGCAACAAUGGAAGAUUGGAUACGUGUAUUACAAAAUGUACAAAGAAGAAAUGCAACAAAAUUAUUAUUAAGUCGUGAAGAUAAUAAACCAACAAUACAAGGAUGGUUAACUAAAGUUAAAAAUGGACAUGCUAAAAAAUGUUGGUGUGUAUUAAUUGGUAAAAUGUUUAUUUAUUUUAAAUGUCCAAGUGAUACAAAUCCAAUUGGACAAAUAAAUAUGAGAGAUGCAAGAGUUGAAGAAGUUGAACAUGUAUCUGAUAGUGAUAGUGAAGAAAGAGAUACUGAAUGUCCACAUGAAAGAACAAUUGGAAUAUUUCCAACUCAUCAAGGACCAACAUAUUUAUUAAUGCCACAUAAACAAGAUAAAGAUAGUUGGUUAUAUCAUUUAACUGUUGUGUCAGGUGGUGGACCAAGUGAUGGAACACAAUAUGAACAAUUAGUACAACGACUUAUGGAAACAGAUGGAGAUCCUGGAUGUGUACUUUGGAGACAUCCGCUAUUAUUACAUACUAAAGAAAAUAUUACGAGUCCAUUAACUAGUCUUACAUCUGAGACACUACAGUCUGAAGCAAUUAAAUUAUUCAAGGCCUGUCAACUAUUUAUGUCAGUUGCUGUGGAACAAGCUGGCAUUGAUUAUCAUGUGGUACUUGCACAAAAUGCACUACAACAAUGCCUAGAUCAACCAGAGUUACAGUCGGAAUUUAUUUGUGCACUUGUUAAACAAACAAGUCGUCAUACUCAGCAACGAUUGGGCGUACAGGUAAAAAAGGCCGCCAAAAUUGUCUCGCUGGGUACUGCGCGUGUUCAGCUCCUACUGUGCGCCACGCAAUCGCUCUUCACCUGUGAUACGCAAAGCCCCGCUGCAAAUGGGGGUGGUGAAAAUGCAGAUGCCCAAUCAACUGCAUCAACUUCUCACAGUCCCACGCUCACACAGGGUCAUUCAACAUCAAACAUACUCGACUGCAAAACCAAUCCGGCUCAAUAUGUAUUGGUACAAGGAUGGCAAUUAUUAUCACUUGCUGUAUCAUUAUUUUUACCGAAAAAUAAUCGUCUACUCUGGUACCUGAAACUUCAUUUGCAACGUAAUGCAGAUUCAAAAACUGAAUGCGGUAAAUAUGCAGCAUAUUGUGAACGUGCACUAGAACGAACAUUACAAAAUAGUGGAAGAGAAGUUAAACCAUCACGAAUGGAAGUAUUAUCAAUACUUUUAAAAAAUCCAUAUCAUCAUUCUUUACCACAUGCAAUACCAGUACAUUUUAUAAAUGGUACUUAUCAAGUUGUUAGCUUUGAUGGUAGUACAACAAUUGAAGAAUUUAUUCAUACACUUAAUCAAGAAAUUGGAUGUCGUGAUGUACAUCAAUCUGGUUUUACAUUAUUUAGUGAUGAUCCAAUUGAAAAAGAUUUAGAACAUUUUAUUGAUUUACAAUCAAAACUAUGUGAUAUUAUAUCAAAAUGGGAAACAGCAUUACGUGAAAAAGGUUCUGGUAAAUUUGAAAAUACACGUGUUAUACAAUUAACAUAUAAAUCAAGAUGUUAUUGGCGUGCAGCAGCUAAAAUGGAAACAGAUAGAGAACGUUUAUUAUUAUGUUAUCAAGUUAAUCAACAAGUUGUACAUGGUAAAUUUCCUUUAAAUCGUGAAUUAGCAUUUGAACUUGCUUCAUUAAUGGCACAAAUUGAUUAUGGUGAAUAUCAUAAUGACAAAGGAAGAGGUAGUGGUCAAGGUAGUAAUCCAAAUCAUUUGGUAUUACAAGCACUUGAUAAAUUUUAUCCAAUAAGAUAUCGUACAAAUAUAACUGCUGAACAAUUACGUGAUUUACAAGAAAAAUUACAAGAAAAAUGGAUUGGCUUAAAGGGUAGAAGUGUUGUUGAUUGUGUUAGAAUAUAUUUAACAUGUACAAGAAAAUGGCCAUAUUUUGGUGCAACUUUAUAUCAAGCUAAACUAAAACAACAUGAACCAAUAACAUUAUGGAUAACUGUUUCUGAAGAUAGUGUAACAUUACUUGAAUUACAAACAAUGGCUGUUAUGUAUCGUUAUAAUUAUUCAAAUAUUGUUACAUUUGGUGGUUGUUUGGAUGAUUUUAUGCUUGUUGCAUGUCCAGAUGAUGGUGCUGCUGAACAAAAAUUAAUUUUUGCACUAAGCAAACCAAAAAUUUUAGAAAUAACACUACUAAUUGCUGAUUAUAUGAAUGCACUGGGUCAUACAUUGCCAGGAACACCACAGAUGAAUACACUGACUAGAAAUGGAUCUCAUAGAUCAAUUAAAUCAACAAUGAGACCAGCAACUGGUUCGAGUUGUCUUCCAACGCAACCUGACAUAUUAAAAUCAACGCCUGAUCAUCAAAGACCAUGAGAUUAUACGCGUAUAAAAAUUUUUAAAUAUACAACGUAAUAUUAAAAUAAGGGCACUAAUUAAAAUACCACACUUUGGCACUAAAUUAAUAUUAAUAAUAACACUGCCAAUAGUUAAAUUAAUAAACACAAAAACAAUAUGAAAUAUAUAUUGCAGUUUUUUUUGUAAAUAUAUGUUAAGAAAAAAAAAUAUUACUGCAGUAUUUAGAACAAAAAAAAAAUGAAUUAAUUAAGGCUUAUUGCUGAUACCAGUUUUAAUACAACAUGUAAAUAAUUUAUAUUGUCGUAAUUUGUGAUGUGUAGUUUUGAAAUAAUGAUAGAGAGAUGCAGGACAUCGUACUCUUAUUAUUGAGUACACUGUAAUAUUGUUAAAUAACCAAUUUUCUUGCCAAUAUUAAUGCAAUUUAUUUAACAUUUUUUAAAUUCAUAUUACCGAUAAAAGUAUGAAAUUUAUUUUUUGAUUAUUUUUCAUAUAUGAAUUAUUUAAAAUUUAAUUAUGUCUUGUGUAGCUAAAUAGAAAUUAAUUGUAAAUUUGAUUUGAAAAUACAUUUUUAAAAUUGAUAUUAAAUGUAGAAUUAAAAAUUUAAUUUUAAAGAAAAAAAACAUAAGCCAUAGGUAAUAUUGUAUUAGUUUUAUACUUUAAUACCGAUUUAAAAAGAAAAAAUCCGAGAAAACAAAUAUAGAAAAAUAAUGUAUCAGCUUUUAAUUUGUUUGAUAAUUAUUUUAUUUUUUAAAACUGAUUUUUAAAUAAGAAAAUGAAAAAAAAAAAAAAAAAGCUAGUCUCUACUUGUCGAGUAUUUUUUUUUUUUAAAGAUAAUGAAAUUUUUUUAAAUGAAAUUGUCACAGUUAAAAAGUGUACAAGUUUUGUAAUUAAUUUUACAAGACCAAAUAAUAAAAUGUAAAUGAAUAAAAAAAAUAUUGUAAAAAUUUUAUUGGAACAAGUGUUCCUAGUCUAGAUGUCUUCCUGUCUGAUAUUAAUCAGAUCAAGUUUUUAAAAAAAAUAUAAAUUCAUAUGUGAAAUUAAGCUGAUGAUAGGAUCAACUGUUUUAUCAUUGUCUAGAGAAUCAAGUAUGAAAUAGAAAAUAACUAUUUAUCAAUAACUAUUGGCAAUAGUACAAAAAUGUAUGACGCAAAAAAAAAAAGAUACUGAGGAAACUUGUUCCCUAAUUUUU